AUUAUGAUUAGCUAGCUGCUGCAGUGCAUCUGUGCAUGGAUUCCGCAAAAACAUUUAUACACAAGCUCCCAACCGAUAAGAAAAAGCAAAAGAAAGAAACACAAAAAAAAAAAAAAAAGAUCGAUAAUCAUUCUUUGGGUCAAACAUGAAAUGUCCAUCCUUGUCCUUGUACUGUCGUCCCAGAUGCAUGCUCGCCACCAUUCUUGUCCUCUCAGUAGCACUCUGGUUUGGUGUCAUUUCCACCGCCACUGCUUAUAAUCUGUGUCAUGAGGAGGAGAGGUCUUCGCUCUUGAAAUUUACGCAGGAUUUUACGAUCAAAAGUGAUGUUGAAACUAGAUGUCGUAAUAAGCUGCAGUCAUGGAUGGCUAGCUUCAACUGCUGCGACUGGGACGGUGUCGAUUGCGACGAGUCCUCGGGCCAUAUCAUCGGCCUCGAUCUCAGCUCCAGUUGCUUGCAUGGCUCCAUCAACUCUUCGUCAACCCAUUUCCACCUCCCUCAGCUCCGCCGCCUGAACCUGGCCAACAACAACUUCAACCACUCUCCCGUACCCUCUGCAGUGGCGCGAUUGACCCAUUUGGAGUCUCUCAACCUCUCUUCUGCUUCCUUCUCUGCUCGAAUCCCACCAUCCAUCUCGCAGCUGUCCAAGAUCGUGGUCCUUGACCUCUCCGACAAUGACAACUUGGUGCUUGGAAAGUAUGCGUUCGUCGACCUAAUCCGCAACUCAACCAGAUUGCAGCACCUCAACCUCGGGUCGGUGAACAUGUCAGUCGACAUGUCAAGCACCCAUGGUGGUGGUCAUGAUCUGGUCAACCUCACUUCUCUCGAAUUUCUCAACCUCAGCAACUGCGGGUUAUACGGUGAACUUCCUUCCACCAUUUUCCACCUCCCGAACCUGCAGCUCCUUUCCUUGGGGUUGAAUCUUGGUCUCAAAGGCCAACUAGUUGAAGAUUUCAACUCCACAAGCCCACUCCAGAGUCUGGAUCUUCACUACACGAAUUUCUCCGGGACUGUGCCAACGUCCAUCGGGAAUCUGGCCUCGCUGAGCGCGGUGAACUUGUGGCACUGUGCCUUCCACGGGACGCUCCCGGUGUCACUAGGUAACCUUACCAACCUCGCGUUCUUGAGCCUUUCGAAGAACAACUUCGAGCCACAUGAUUUUUCCUUCUUCUCGUGGAUUGGGAAGCGGACCACCAACUUGUACUAUUUGGGUCUCUCAUAUAUCCCCUUGGUCGGAGAUUUCCCAACUUAUCUUGCCAACUUGACCAACCUCUCCCAUUUGUACAUGCACGAAUGUCACAUCUCCGGCCAGUUCCCUAGCACUUCCAUCUUUGCGCUCCGACACCUUCAACAGCUCGGCCUGAGCAGCAACAACCUGACUGGUGCCCUGGACUUCAAUGACUUCCUCGACUUGCAAAGCUUGGAUGCCCUGUCGCUGACAGGAAACCUUAACAUAUCCUUGCUCUUCUUCUUCAACGACACUAGUAGCAUUACUACUACUCAUCACCGGAAGAAGUUCAUAGCAUUGGAUCUGGGGUCCUGCAACAUAGGCCGCUUCCCAGAGAUGUUGAGGCACGAAAAUGAGCUCGUGUCACUGGAUUUGUCGAACAAUAACAUUCACGGGGAGAUCCCUGAAUGGCUGUGGUCUGCGAAUCAGGAUAGCUUGGAGUACAUAGAUCUUUCGGGGAACUUCCUCACUGGGUUUGAGGGACCAACCGUUUCGAUAAUAACUGGAUCGAGUGGAAGUACUAGUGAUAUCAAUGCUAGCAGCAGGCCGAGCUCUCUAGUAGUUCCGUGGACCAAGGCCAAAAUACUACGCUUGGGUUCCAACUUGCUGCAAGGUAACCUUCCAAUACCUCCACCUUCCAUUCAGCACUUGGAUCUCUCCAACAAUGAAUUGGAGGGGGAGAUAUGGCCAGACAUCUGUAGCAUCUUCAUCACCUCCCAUCCUUCAUACCUUGACUUGUCUCAUAACAACUUAAGUGGGAGGCUUCUUCCAUGCCUGGGGAGUCAGCUGAGCGCUUCUUUGGAAUUGCUCAAACUAGAUGGCAAUAAAUUUACAGGCGAGAUUCCUCAACCCUACCUUGCAGGAUGCAAUCUAAAGGUGCUUGUUUUGGGGGACAACCUACUCGCCGGAGAAGUUCCAAAGUCAUUGGCCAACUGCACUAGGUUAGAGUUCCUAAUCUUGGGGAACAACCAGAUCAACGACACUUUCCCUUACUAUUUGGGAGCCCUUCCACAACUCCAAGUACUCAUUCUAAGAGGGAAUCUGUUCCAUGGAGCGAUAAUACCAGCAGGAGGAAAAAGUCGUAGUAAUACUAGUACUCACGACUUCGCAAGGAUGCAAAUCAUCGAUCUAUCCAGCAACUACUUCACAGGGCAGCUGCCUUCAAACUAUUUCCUAAACUGGGACGCCAUGAAAGGAUUCGAAGCUGAGACCUUGGCCUACCUGCAACUACAAACCGGUGCUUUCCUAUCCAGUGCUGCAUGGUACUUGUAUUUCAACUUCUGGUACACCAUGACCUUGACCAACAAAGGCACCGUCACCACAUAUGCCAAGAUCAUGCACAAGUUGGUCGCCGUCGAUCUUUCCGACAACAGAUUCCAAGGAGAGAUUCCUGCUGCUGCGGUCGGGAACUUAGCAGGGCUCCGCCUCCUCAAUCUGUCCAACAACCUUCUCACCGGCCCCAUCCCGCCAUCUCUCGGGAGGCUCUCGAGGCUGGAAUCACUGGACGUUACGAGAAACAAGCUCGACGGGUCGAUUCCUCAGGAGCUGACCCAGCUGAAUUUCCUGGCGGUCUUCAAUGUGUCCUGCAACCAACUCGUUGGAGCUAUACCGAGGGGAAACCAGUUCGGCACGUUUCUGAAUGACUCAUACGGCGGCAACGUUGGUCUCUGCGGGACCCCUUUGUCUAGGAUGUGUGCGAACGGGUCGUCGGAGACAGAAGAUGCAGGUGGAUCGCCGACGGGAUAUGGGUUUGAGUUUGGUUGGGAACCUGUGUUGAUGGGUUACGGGAGUGGAACCGUUGUUGGCAUUGUGAUUGGUUACGUCGUGGUGUCGAGGAAUUAUCACUGGUUUCUGAGGACACUUAGGGUUGGAGGCCGACGAAAGGGGAGGAGAUCAGUAAGAACGUUCGUCAGUCGAUAUCGUCAUUGAUCAUAUACUAAACCACCAUAUGCAUGUUACCGUAUAUGGUGGUAAUUAAGGUAUAAAUUCUGUGUUUGAGAGAGAGGUAUAAGAUCUAUAAUAACCUAGUACCAAUAUAUAAUUCGAGUUAUUGAUACUAGGUGGUAUAUGACAUGGUGUUGGAGCUGGUUUGGCUAAUGUUUGAAUUUCCACGACCUUAAAGAUUAACCGUUGAUUAAAGCAUAAGAUAUGGU